AUAGCAAUCACCAUAUAAAUUCAAAGAUGAAAAAGCCUGGAAGGAGGAGAGAUGACUAGAAACGAUUUGGUUGUCCGUUUUAUGUGUGGAUUAAUUGGCGGAGUAGAAGAGCUUGUGCAUUUCAGCACAGAGCUGUAUGAAGAAGAGGGAAGGCCAUGUCUGAGAUGAAAUCCCGAAGUUCGGACAUCUGUCCCAAAUGCAGCAUCCGCAGCUGGAGUGCCGACGGCUACGUGUGGAGCUGCAAGAAACGCUCCCGGAGUUCCCGAAACGAUCCGGGCCUUCGGGGUCCGGAGGGGGUAGGGCCGAUGGAGGAGCAAGGAGCGCGUUCCACCUCAUGUCCGCGGAGACGGAGAGAGAAGAAGUGUAGCUGUACCAUAAUGGGGGAUGUCGACAUAGAUGCCUGUCGGAAAGCCCUUUCUAGGCGCUCUCUCCGGCAGAAGUUCCAGGAUGCAGUGGGUCAGUGUUUCCCUCUCCGCACUGACCAUCGCCACCACCACCACGGCUGCCCAACGGGGGCCUACCAGGGGGCCUUUUCUGUGCUCCUCUGGUCCAAGCGUCCGAUCCAUGUCACGGAGCUCAUGCAGGACAAGUGCCCCUUCUCGUCCAAGUCAGAGCUGGCCCACUGCUGGCACCUCAUCAAGAAGCAUGCCACCCACCCCAGCGCCAUUGUGGGCCUAGAGGUUGCCCAAGCCGCCAAGGCUGCACAGGCUGCUGGCAAAGAACCAGUCCCGUCCCCUUCCACAUCCCCGCCUUCGACACCUCUUUCAUGGGAGGGCAUCUGCUUGAGUAGGCCCCUGAGCCUUGAGGACUGGGACCUCUCCCAUCCGCAUGGCAGAGCAGCCUAUGGUGGCAACCAUACAGAUUAUAUCCUAGUCCCUGACCUCCUGCAGAUCAACAACAGCCCGUGUUACUGGGGAGUUCUGGACCGCUUCCAGGCAGAAGAGCUCCUGGAAGGACAGCCCGAGGGCACCUUCCUCCUCCGUGACUCGGCCCAGGACAAGUUCCUCUUCUCCGUCAGCUUCCGCCGCUAUAGCCGCUCCCUCCAUGCGCGUAUCGAGCAGAACGGCAAGCGCUUCAGCUUCGAUGGCCGCGAUCCAUGCAUGUACCGGGACCCGAGCGUGACGGGCCUGCUCCGGCACUACAGCGACCCAGCCACAUGCCUCUUCUUCGAGCCCCUCCUGUCCCGCCCUCUGGCCCGGACUUUCCCAUUCACCCUGCAGCACCUGUGUCGCGCAGUGAUCUGUAGCUGCACUACGUACCAGGGCAUCAAGAUCCUUCCACUGCCUCAUCAGCUCAGGGACUAUCUUAGACAGUACCACUACAAGUGCAAUGGGGCUUGUGCAGUGUAAAACAAUGACAAUUUCUGACUUCAUAAUUAUAGUCCCAUGGGUUACUACUCUUCAAUAUUGACCAUGUUUCAUUGGUUUUUAGAGACUUGUGAAUACCCUGACUGCUACAGUGCCUUCAGAAAGUAUUCACACCCAUACACUUUUUACACAUUUUGUUCUGUUAAAAUUGAGAGUUUGUGUCACUGGCCUACACACAAUAUCAAAUAAUGUCAAAGUGGAAUUAUGUUUUUAGAAAUGUUUACAAAUUAAUUAAAAAUGAAAAGCUGAAAUGUCUUGAGUCAAUAAGUAUUCAACCCCUGGCAAGCCUAAAUAAGUUCAGGAGAAACAAUUUGCUUAACAAGUCACAUAAUAAGUUGCAUGGACUCACUGUGUGCGGUAAUAGUGUUUGACAUGAUUUUUGAAUGACUACCUCAUCUCUGUACCCCACAUAUAAAGUACAAUUAUCUUUAAGGUCCCUCAGUCGAGCAGUACAUUUCAAACACAAAUUCAACCACAAAGACCAGGGAGAUUUUCCAAUGCCUUGCAAAGAAGGGCACCUAUUGGUAGAUGGGUAAAAAAAAAGCAGACAUUGAAUAUCCCUUUGAGCAUUAUGAAGUUCUUAAUUAAAAUUUGGAUGGUGUAUCAAUACAUCCAGUCACUACAAAGAUACAGGCAUCCUUCCUAACCUAGUUACCGGAGCGGAAGGAAACCGCUCAGGUAUUUCACCAUGUGGCCAAUAGUGACUUUAAAACAGUUACAGAGUUUAAUGGCUGUGAUAGUUUUCUCCUGAGGAUGGAUCAACAAUAUUGUAGUUACUCCACAAUACUAACCUAAAUGA